AUGAAGUGCAUUAUCAUUUUGUGCCUGUUCGGCUUGGCGGCUGUUGCGUAUGCUAGACCAAAUGGCACCUACACCGACAAAUAUGACAGCAUCAAUCUGGAUGAAAUUUUAAAGAACCGUCGUCUUCUCAUUCCUUACGUCAAAUGCAUACUCGACGAGGGCAAGUGCACACCUGAAGGCAAGGAACUUAAAUCUCAUAUCAGAGAAGGUUUAGAAGAGGACUGUGCGAAGUGUACCCCUACCCAACGUUCUGGAACUCGAAGAGUCUUGGCGCACUUGAUCAACCAUGAGCCCGAAUACUGGACUCAACUGAAAGCCAAAUACGACAGCAGCGGCACAUACGCUGCUAAACAUGAAAGUGAACUCAGGGUGCUAAAAGCUUAA